AUGGAAAGCGCCACCCCAUGACAACAAGCAAGAGAACUUGGCUUGGCUUGUCCAGCGGCUUUCUCGCACGCACACGAGCUCGGAGAAGCAGUGGGAAGUGAUAAACAUAAUAUGAUCUGAAAUCUCAUUCUCAAUUAGUUUCCUAUAUGUUGAGGAUGAAGGCGGUUAUCCUGUUGGAAUAUGUGGUCUUUCUGCUGUUGUCAUGGUCGUACAGUGUUUUGGGAGCUGUGGAGCCUCCUGCGCAUGUGACGGUGGAGGCGCUGAACACACACUACGUGCUGGUGUGGGACUGGAGUGGAGAACGUGCUGGAAACCAGAAUGUGACCUUUACUGCUGAGUGGCUAGCUAAGUACAAGCUGAGGCGUCGGCAUCAGGAUUGGGAGUCGGUGUGUGUGAACGUGUCGGAGACGCGGUGUGACUUCACCAAAGCUGAGCUCAACUACCUGGGCAUGUUUGUGCUGCGCGUCCGAGCCAACGUUCACACACACACACAAACGCUCCACUCCGCCUGGAUCGACCGAACCUUCUGCCCUGACAGUGAGGCUGCUCUAGGUCCGCCAUCUCUUGUUGAAAUGUCUGCUCAGGGGCGGGGCUUACUGGAGGUCAAGAUAUCUGACCCUGUGACCCAUAACAACAAGUCCAUGAAGGUCCAUGUCCCUGAACUGUACUACCGCAUCCAGUACUGGAAACUAGGCACAUACUCUCAGCGCCCCCCACAGGUGGUGGACAGCGUUGCGUCGCUGGUGACUCUGUCUGAGCUGGAGGAGUGGACUGACUUCUGCGUCCGCGUUCAGAGCCGCUACAACUUCUACAACAAAACCUCCGCCUUCACCUCGCCCCAGUGCAUACGCACACAAGGUCAGACUCCCUACUGGCAGGUGGCGCUGUUGUUCCUGCUCUCUCUAAGUGGGGUGUUUAUUGCGGUGAUGCUGUUUGCUGGCGGCUUCCGUUAUUUCUUUGGGAAAUUGAAGUCGAUCUGUUUCCCUAGCAACCAGCUGCCCAUUCACAUACAGGAGUAUCUGAAGGACACAUCGUCUGACAGGCCCCGCCUCCUCUCCCCGGAGUCGGAGUCGGAGCUUGUGAUUGGCCGACUGGACGUGUGCCCUGAGGUGGUGGUCGUCCCGGCGACCGAGGAGACAGAGGAGGUGUGGCCAGAGCCGGAGGGCGUGCACCUUGAUCGCCAUGGCAGCGGAGACUCAGGCGUCUACUCGGCUGAGGAGGCGUCGGGAGGGGGAGUGGCCUCUCAGGAGGAGGAGGAGCUUAGGAGAGGAGAGAGAGAGUGGGAGAAGGAGGAGAGGAAGAGAGGAGAGAGAGAGUGGGAGAAGGAGGAGAGGAAGAGAGGAGAGAGAGAGGAGGAUGAAGGAGUCAGAGACGUGUGUGUCUGAGAAAAGGAGGGAUGAACUGAAAACAGAUGAAGGAUUGAACAAUGAAGGGAUGAACUGGAAACAGAUGAAGGAGUGGGAGGAAGUAGUGGGAACAGGAGCCCUUUACAGAAAUAUAUUUUUUUACUUUUCCUUUGUUCUUGAGUUUGUGUCUGUCAUGCUCUGCCCCUCCCGACACACACACACACACACACACACACACACACACACACACACACACACACACACACACACACACACACACACACACACACACCUGGUCCAUCCUCUCUGGUAAAGAAAGGAUACACACAUACACAAAUACACAUACACACACAUACACAUACACACACACACACACCUGGUCCAUCCUCUCUUGUAGAGAAAGGAUGCAGACACACACACACUCCCUCUCUCUCUCUCUCUCUCACUCACACACACACACACACACACACACACACACACACACACACACACACACACACACACACCUUCCCUGGUCCAUCAUCUCUGUUAAAGAAAGGCUACACAUGUGUGAGUGAGAGAGAGAGAUCCUCUCAGUUAGGACUUGAGCCUGUCCAAUCACGUGUCUUGCUUGUGUUCUGAGCCUCUGUCUCUGUCCAAUCACGUGUCUUGCUCGUGUUCUGAGCCUCUGUCUCUGUCCAAUCACGUCUUGCUUGUGUGCUGAGCACAUAUUCAGUGUGUGUGUUUUAUCUCAGCUGAGCUCAUCCACCUGGUUGCUGGUUGCCUGUCUGAGUAAUGGCCACUAUAAUGGGUUACCUGGUUAGCGUAAUGUAAAUAAAAUAUCUGUGUGUGUGUGUGUGUACACGCGUGCAUCUGUGUGCGUGAGUGUGUGUGUGACAGCGUUUCAACAUGCCUCAUAUUGAGGCUACAAUUGUCCCUUUAUAAUUCUUAUAGAAUCUGGACUCGGAGGCACUUUUUGAUCACCAAGACCCCCCCCCCCCCCCCCCCCCCACACACACACACACACACACACACACCUCCCUCUCUCUUUCUCUCUCCAUCUUUCCUCACGUUUCUCUCUCUUUCCUCACAUAUCUCUCUCUUUCCUCACAUCUCUCUCUCUCUCUUUCCUCACAUCUCUCUCUCUUUCCUUUAUUGUCUGAGCUGCCACUCACACCUGUCAUGCCAAUCAUUUCCUGUGUGUGUGUGUGUGUGCGUGUGUGCGUGCGUGCGUGCGUGCUCUAAAGAGAGUCUAACUGUAUUGUAAUGCAGCUGUGCGUCACUAUGCCCCCAUAUUCUCACACAUGCCACAAAUGCCUCUGACAACCGCACUUACCCUACCCUGCUGCUUAUGGAGACAUGCAAAUAAAGACCUUUUUAUACCACCA